AUGCCAGACGAAGAGCAGCAUGAAGCCUCGAUGAGAAACGCUGCUCGACCCGACAAUGCGGAACCCAAAGAUCAAAGCACCGCCAAGGAGGUCCGACUGCUCGAUCGCUUCACAUGGGCUAAUUUCACCUGCACCCAGUCUACCGGUGGCGUGGCCAUUCUCUUGUCCGAAACCCCCCAUCGAUUUCGCGGGCUGCAGACCGCCGGUGUUGUAGUCUUCAUCCUCAAUCUAGUUCUGUUUGUCCUCUUCUCCACAGCCAUGAUCUGUCGGUUCGUGCAGAGACCUUCCAACAUACGUAAAUCUGUCACCAAGCCCCCCGAAGCCUACUUUACAGGUUCAUUAUGGCUCUCAAUGGCGACCAUCAUCAUGUGCAUGCAGCGUUUCGCUAUCCCUCACGCCGGUCCUUGGAUCAUCGUCGCCGUCCGGGUUCUCUUCUGGACCUAUGCUGCUAUCACUCUCACGUAUAACAUCAUCAUCUUCGUCGUCAUGUUUAUCAUUUGCCCCCUCAAGCCUGGUAGCAUGAGUCCGCCAAUGUUUCUGAUGAUUUAUAACGCCAUGCUGACCGGCACUGUCGCGUCGGCUAUUGCAGCAAAUCAGCCCCCCUCACAACGAAUGGCCAUCAUCGUUGCCGGCAUUGCGUUUCAGGGUCUUGGGUGGAUGCUGUGCCUUUUGUUUCUUCCGCUCUUCGUGAGCAAUAUGCUUAUCAACGGCCUUGGGCCGGCAAACCAGAGACCCGGACUCUUCAUAUCCGUGGGUUCAUCAGGAUACACCAUUGUGGCGCUCAUUGGAUGCGCCAGGGCGAUUCCCGACGGAUAUGGAUACUUUGCAAAGCACCCUACUGCUUCAGAAACCCUGGACAUUAUGGCAUUGUGGAUUGGUAUCUUCCUGUGGCUUUUCACGUUCUGGCUUUUUGCGAUUGCACUGGUCGCUCAUUUGCCUAUUUUGAUUUCCAAACGCGGCAAUGGUAUGUCGCAGCAGAUGAGCUUCACACUUCCUUGGUGGGCUAUUGUUUUCCCGAAUGUUGGCUUCACAAUUGCUACGAUUCAUAUUGGCGAGGAGCUGGAAUCUAAUGCCAUAGCUUGGGUGGCAACUGUCAUGACUGUGUUGGUCUUUGCGGCAUGGCUCAUGGACUUAUACUUGCAUCUAAAGUCUAUAUUUCAAAGGCGCAUCAUGUAAUAGAUUUUGGAUGAUAGACCAAAUGUUUUGUGUUAGAGCACCUUCAAUUUCUUGUGCUCAUCAUAUAUCAUUUGCUAUUACAGUGGCAAUACGUGGGCAUGUUCUACACGAGGUCGUACUGUAGAAUAGAGCAUCCUUGGCUGGGACGAUAGAAUAGUGGUGUUCCAAUAUAUG